AUGAAAUUAGGAUUAGUUCUUAUUUCUGUUUUGGCACUUUCUCAAGUUUGCCUUUGCUUCCACGAAGUUCCUCACAUGCUUGUACUCGCUAUUGCUAAGAAAGAAUUAAUGAAAAAUGAUAUGGAAGUAUACAAUAUUACUGCCAAGUACUUAGACACUUACUCUACUUAAGGUGUUGAUACAGUUUCUACUACAACCUACGAAGAGAAUGCUGUUUGGGCUGAUGAUAUUAAGGUCUAUGGUGAUGCCUAAAAAGCUAUGGAAAUGUGGCAUUACAUUGGCAACAAAGACAGUAACCCUUAAAAUCUCACCCCAUUGAAGAAAGAUCCUAUGGCUGAUUCCGAAAAUGCCUUGAAUGCCUACAAUAAUAUCGUCAAAGUUUUAACUAAUGAAAAGUUUGUUGGUUAAAUGACAGAAUUCAAAGUAAAUAUGUUAAAGAUGCUCGUUCACAUUGUUGGUGAUAUUCAUAUGCCUCAUCACACUGGUAGCUUUUACAAUGCCACAUACAAGAAUGAUAAAGGUGAAUUCUGGGGCGAUUUAGGUGGUAACAGAUAAAUGAUUAACUUCUACACUAGCACUGGUGAAAUGAAAAAAACCAAUAUUCACUUCUAUUUUGACUCUUCUUGCUUCUUCUACACCUGGACUAAUAGAUUGGUUAGACCUCUUAACGAAACAUUCAAGAUUUACUUCUAAAGAGAACUUGAUAGAAUUGUAGCUCAAUAUCCAAAAGAAUCUCUCAAUAUCGACAACACAAAAACUUUCAGUGAUUGGGCUGACGAAAGCUGGAACUUAGCUUUGAACAAUGUUUACCCCUUCUUAUUGUCAAAAAAUGAAAUUCACUAUGGUGAUGAUUUCUAUAACAGUAGUUUUGAUAUGAUUCAAAAGAGAAUUGUUACUGCUGGAUACAGACUUGCUUAUACUUUAUAAAAACUCUUUACACCUGAAAAGGGUUUGAUCAAGGCAAAUACUCCUCUCUCUUAUCAAUAACCUAUUGCAAAUAACAAUAAUAACAGCAUUAACAAUCAAAAAGAUAAUACCAAUCAAACUCUUGCCAGUACUUAUGAAAGCUCUGACAAUCAAUCCAACAAAGCUAUGGCUAUUGUUUUUGGAGUCUUAUUCGGAUUAACUUUUGUUGCUUUUAUUUUUAGUAUUAUUUACUUCAAGAAAACAGUAUCUCCUUCAACUUAUUAAAGAACUUCAAAUGAUUUGAUUGAAGCUAAGAAUAUUAACGUAUAAAAGCUUGCCAGCACUGAAAACAACUUGUGA